AACUUCGUAGCAGUCAUCCCUUUUUAGGAAAAGAGGGGGAAAAAAAAUAAAGCCCUCCCCCGCCAGCGCCGCCUCCCACCCUCGCGGCACCACACACAGCGCGGGCUCCUCGCGCUCGGCACCGCGGGGCCGGCGCGGCCAGCCUGCGUCUAUCGGCAGUUCUUCGGAAAAUGCAUUGGCCGUUCGGAGUUUGAUCCGGAGAGGAUCCCCGCCCGCGUCCCCGGCUCGCCCGCCGGCCCCGGCCCGGUGUUCUCUCCCCGGGGAGGCGUGAGGCGGCCCCGCGGAUACAGAUCCAUGUGUGUGCCCGCGCGUGUGUGCGCGCGUGAAAAUUGCCGAGAAGGGGAAAAUCACAGGACUUCUGCAAAUACCGACUGAGAAAUGGUAAUUCAUCCGCCGCCGCCGCUGCCUUCCGUUUGCUCGCGCUCUUGAGAUCUCCGGUUCGGAUUCCUAUGGAUUGACAUUUCUAUGAAGAAGUCUGGGAAUCAAACUGGAAAUUCUCCUAAUUUUUUGCACCCCCCUCCCCCAACUCCUGAUUCAUUUGGAAGUUUUCAGAGCAGCUCUAACUGGAGAGUUCUGAAGAUUGAUGGAAUCUUUUUGCCUUUUCAUUUGUUUUCACAAAAAAGGAAACGUGACAGAAUCAUGCUGUCCUUAAAAAAUACAAGUAAGUUCUUUGCACAGGAAAUUGGUUUAAUGUGACUUUCAAUGGGAACCUUUGCGAUAUUAACUUUAAGUGCUUUGGAGUAAGUUUAAUUUCCAGGCAGUUUAAUAUAUUCUUCUAAGCGUGUAACUUGUAGUGUGUGUGCCCUGCUUUCAACCAGCGUAUAGAGGGAAACGCACCUGAUUUUGACUGAUUAGUUUUUUUAACCUUUCAGCAUCACGGAGGAGGUAGACUGAUAUUAACAGUAAUUAAUAACGUGCCUCAUGAAAUAAAGAUCCGAAAGGAAUUUAAAUAAAAAUUUCCUGCAUCUCAUGCCAAGAGAGAAACACCAGAAUCAAGUGUUCCGCGUGAUUGAAGACACCCCCUCAUCCAGGAAUGCAAAGCACAUCCAAUGAAAUAGCUGGAUUAUAACUCUUCACCCCUCUUGCGGGGCCGUGGGGCAGGCAGCGGGGGGCGAGAGGUGCUGUGGGGACCCGGCUGCCCUUCCGCUGCGGAAGGAUGGCGCACGCGGGGGGAACAAGCUACGAUAACCGGGAGAUCGUGAUGAAGUACAUCCACUAUAAGCUGUCGCAGCGGGGCUACGAGUGGGAUGCGGGAGAUGUGGGCGCCGCGCCCCCCGGGGCCGGCCCCGCGCUGGGCAUCCUGUCCUCCCAGCCGGGCCGUGCGCCCGCGCCCUCCAGGACCUCCCCGCAGCCGCCCCCGGCCGCCGCCGCCGCCGGGCCUGCGCCCAGCCCGGUGCCACCUGUGGUCCACCUGACCCUGCGCCAGGCCGGCGAUGACUUCUCUCGGCGCUACCGCCGCGACUUCGCCGAGAUGUCCAGCCAGCUGCACCUGACGCCCUUCACCGCGAGGGGACGCUUCGCCACGGUGGUGGAGGAGCUUUUCAGGGACGGGGUGAACUGGGGGCGCAUCGUGGCCUUCUUUGAGUUCGGAGGGGUCAUGUGCGUGGAGAGCGUCAACCGGGAGAUGUCGCCCCUGGUGGACAGCAUCGCGCUGUGGAUGACCGAGUACCUGAACCGGCACCUGCACACUUGGAUCCAGGACAACGGAGGCUGGGACGCCUUUGUGGAGCUGUAUGGCCCGAGCAUGCGGCCCCUGUUUGAUUUCUCCUGGCUGUCUCUGAAGGCACUGCUCAGUCUGGCCCUGGUGGGAGCUUGCAUCACCCUGGGUGCCUAUCUGGGCCAUAAGUGAAGUCCACAGGCCUGCCACAAACAAAUAUGCAAAAGGUUCAUGAAAGCAGGAGAAAUAAUAUGCAUUGUCACUGAUGCACCACUGGAGUGAAGCUGUGGCCUCUUAAAAAGAAAAAGAACAACCAACCAACCAACCAACACCACCACAAACAGCUUUCAGGCUCAACGUUGAAUCAGCUACUUACUGCCAAAGGGAAUACAAUUUAUUUUUUACAUUAUUAAGAAAAAUAAGAUUUAUUUAUUUAAGACAGUCCCGUUGAAUCUCCUGUCUUUGGAAACCCCACCACUAAUUACUAAGCCCCACCCGGAUGGCUCUACCUGGCUCUCUUGUGCCUGUAAACACUGAUUUUUGUUCCAUACUGUUGGCUGGACUGACUCAACCAGCUGAAAAGCAAACAAACCGACAAAGGACCUGACUGUUCCAGAAGCCGGGUUCCUGGCUGUUGGGGGUUAGGCAGAAGGUGUUCAUUUGCUUUUUUUUGGGGGGUGGGGGUGGGGCUGGAGGUUAUAUUCUUAAGAGGAAAGGUGCUCCGAGGGGAGGCCUUUCUUCCCAGGCCUGAAGAAGGGGCACUGCGCAUAUGGUACACACCAGGUUUGAAGAAAAAAAAAAAAACCGGGAACUUAUGCUAGCACGAAUGUCCAUGCUAGCUAAAAUUGCAAAGCCUCUACUGCUAAUUCGCUUUUGCUGUUUUAUAUUUACCGUUAGCACUUACCACUCUCUAAUACACUCUACGAUACAUGUAAAUUUUGUUUACUGUCUGUCCCACGUCACUGAAUCAAAAACGUUUGAACUUUUGGUCUAUUUGGACUUUGUAUUUGCCAAGACCUCCACCCCAAAGGACCGUGACGGGAAAAAAGCCCUUAAAUCAUAGCAGAGUAUUUUUUUAAGCUACCAAUUGUGCCGAGAAGCAUUUUAGCAAUUUAUACAAUAUCAUCCAGUACCUUAAGCCCUGAUGUCCUUCUUCUCAUAUUUUGGAUUCGCUCCCCCUCCAAAUACUGGUUUGGCGCUGUCCGCGUAGGAAUCCCCUGGACCGCGAGGACGCGGACGUUUUCGGUGACGUCUUCCGCACCAGGCGCCCGGAGCGCCGGCUUCUCCGCCGGGGGCCGCGGCCGGCAGCCCCGCCUCGGGCGGCCUGAGGCCUCGUCCUGGCGCUGAGCCUUGAAACGAGCCAUGUGUCCGCGGGCGGCCGGGAGAGAAAACAGGAGGCCUGGGCCCCGUGUAGGCCCCGCGCCGCCUGGAGCGCGGAGCUGGGCCGAGGCCCUGAGGGCGCGCGUCUCUGUGGAGGAAACAGGCGGUGGCGAGGGACGCGGCGGCCCCAAAGGAACGCGCGGCCUGUCUGCGCUGGGCCUUGGCCGCCAGCUUGUGCGCUACGGCGCUCGUCGCUGUGGAGGAAACAGGAGGUGGCAGGAGUCGUCGCUGUGGAGGAAACAGGAGGUGGCAGGAGUCGUCUCUGUGGAGCGGAGGAAACUGAGGAGAGGGGAGGCAUGGGAGCCGCCCCCAGAGAAACGCGAGGCCUGUUGUGCGUUGGGCCGCCAGGCUGUUUGCGCCGCUUCCAGUGAGAUUUUUGAAAGACUUUGGGGAGGGUCAUAAAUCGUAAAGGAAGCGUUGAAAUGGAUUAACUGACCUAUGUCUGUGGAAUUACGAUGUGAAGCAUUAUCUUGUCAUUGUAGUUUGGUUUUAUUUGAAAAACCUGACUGAAAGGGAUGGGGGGUGGGCAGGGAAGCUCCAGGUGUGGAAUGUGGGGAUUAUCUAUAUAUCCUGGGGCGUUAAACAAGGAAAAGAGAAAAGUCAGUGCUGGAAAACGCUAGAAGAGUAGCAAAAGAAGAAAGAUCUCCAGCUCAUAAACUACAAAAUAUUUUUUUUCAAGUUUAGACUCAGCCUUGAUAACGUAUGUGGAAUAACUGUGGCAUUAUUGCAUUAUAGCAUUUAUCUGUAUACCAUUUAUCUGUAUUAACUUUGGAAUGCACUUGUGUUCAAUGUUUAAUGCUGUGGUUAAUAUUUCGAAAGCUGCUUUAAAAAAAAAAAAGAUCUUAGCAUCUCAGCAUCUUUUAAAAAAACUGUAUUUAGUUAUGGGCUCUACACUAACUGUUAGCAAAAUGACCACUUCUCCCCUUUGAGAUUUUUGGCUCUCAAUUCUUUCAAAGCAUUUCUGAGGAGGUGAGAUAAGCCCUGGUUCUCAGCUGCCUGAGAAAUCCUGGAGCUUGCUGGCCACUCAGCCACUUUGUGUCAAUCAAUCUACAUCCACUUCCAUGUCAACAGAAUUGUUUAUUGUGAGGGACAGUAUCUGUUGUCCCUUCAGCCCUUUUCCUUUAGAUUCACCUGUCUUGGCCAACUCAGAAUUUAACUUACAUCAUUUAAGAGUGCAUACAUGUUUGGUUAAACCCAUGAGGUUCAUUCACUUGGAAAUCCAGAUGGAAAAUGACCAGGGGAUUAAAUUCUGGCUCUGAUGGUUUGAUCCUUAAAGAUGGUUUCUGGGGCCUGUUUCCAUGGAAACCUAUUUAGAGCCCUCCAACUCUCCUUCCACAGGGUCCUUCUCCGUGGCCAUCCUCAAGUUCUUCCUGAAAUGCAGUGGCACUUAGGCCCCACGCGGAGAAAGGGGGAAACCCAUGGUAUGAAGCCAGACCUCCCUGGCGGGCCUCAGGGAACAAGACGAUCAGACCUUUGAAUGAUUUUAAUUUUUAAGCAAAAUGUUAUCUUAUGAAAGGUUUACACUGUCAAAAGUGAUGAAUAUGUAAUAUCAAAUUCUGUGCUGCUAUCCUGCCAAGAUCAUUGUAAUGGAGUCGGUUUGCAGUACACUCCAAGUGGCGAGCUCCUCCAAGCUGCUUUAGAAGUAACCAUGAAGAACACGGACAUUUUUAAUAUAAAACUUGUUUGUCUUUGGUUAUUGUUGUUGUUAUUGUUCAAAUUGAGAUUUGCAGAGUAUUCUAAAAAUGUAUAUAUAAAAAAGGUCAUAGAGGCUAAUUUCAGGCUGGUUUCCUUUUGCUGUGGGAUUCCAUUAUCUGGUUUUAAUGAUAAGUGUUCCUGGUUACCUGACCCCAGAACUGUACAGUAUUGUGGCUGCACUCUCUCAAGGAGAUCAGACCUUUGAAUGAUUCUAAUUUUUAAGCAAAAUGUUAUCGCUAAGGGUAGCUGAAGUUGCAUUUUUCUUGUUGUUAAAAAUGUUAGAAGCAAUGAAUGUAUAUAAAAGCCUGAGCUAGUCAUUUUUUUUCCUUCUCCCUUUUUGCAUUGUCUCAAUUAUCUUGCAGUUGGACAGCAGAGACGCAAUUCCUGCCUAUUUGGUGUGGAGGAGGGAUUCACACCAGAAUUGCCCUCAGCGUGGUACACAGCCCACCCAGGUCAGGGUUCAACAGAACACGUGCACUCCCCAAAUGGAGUUCAAGGGUUCUUAAAAAAAAAAAAAAAACCCACAAGGAGCAAACCACCCAAGAACCUCCUGGGUCCUCCCAAGCCCUCACUGCACAGAUAGCCUGAAAGAGGGAUCAAAAUGACAACUUGCAUCUUUUGCAGCAAACAGCUCAUCUCAGAUUUUACAGUGGCUGAAAAGUCUUAUGGGCUUGAGAUUUGGAUUAAAGUCACCUUCUGAAAGAAGAAAGCACUUUGCUAUGGUUCAAGCCAAAACCCAACAUCCUCUGCCCCAGCCCACUUAUCUCUGCCUACUCAGAUAUGACCUUCCAUUUAGAUGGACCUCUGUUUCAUUAGUGCAUGUUUAUGCUUAUCAUUUAAAGACCUAGUCGUGGCCCAAUGUGGGAAAUUAGGAAGUGACUGUAAAUCAAGAGAAGUUCUAAUAAGUAGGAUUAAACUUAAGUAUGUAGGGCAGCCCCAAUACAUGUCUGGCUUUUUCACAUCAAGGAUCUAUGGGAUGAAUUGCAAAUUGUCUGUACUGGAAUUAAACUUAUGCUAAAGUGACAAAUUUAUACAUGUGAACUUAAAUUCUAAUUUCAAUUAUACUUUUAAGGCAGUGGCUGUUUUUAUACUUCCUUAUAACUUAUAGUUAGUAAUGUACACCUCUUCUAUCAGAAAAAAAAAACAGGAAAGGCUUGAAAUAUAAGCCAUUCUAAGGAAAUUAGGGAGUCAGUUGAAAUCCUAUUCUGAUCUUAUUCUGUGGUGUCUUUUGCAGCCCAGACAACUGUGGCUACACACUUCUUAAGAAAUACAAUUGUACAUUGUCAGGCUUAUGAACAUUCCAAUCAGAUCUUUAUUGUUACUCAAUUCGAAUCUUCCCAGGGAUUUUCGUUUUUUAAAUUAUUAUGGGACAAAGGACAUUUGUUGCAGGGUGGGAGGAAGAAUUUUCAAAUGAGCAAAACAUUCUCAAGAUUGGAUCAGGGUGUGGAGUCUUUAAGAAUAGCCAGGACUGUAGGAUAUGGAAUAGAAUCAAGUGAGGACUUCACGAGGAUCAAUGUGACGCCUCUGUGAAAGACUUUAUGCAACAAAUAAGAAACACUUUUAAGUUCUGUGGUGUAUUUAGCUUCUGAGACAACAGAACAACUCAAGAGUCCAGCUCUGUAUGACAAUGAAGAUGAACCAAAGUUCUAAACAUCUGCCGUCAAUGGUGUUAAUUUCAAGCCUGGAUAUGUCUAAUGGCUAUUUAAACAAUAAAUUUGCAAUUUUUAACCAAUGGGAUGGUUAAUGAAAACCUUCUGGUUGGUAGGGACAUCUGUUUCUAAAUGCUUUAUUGCGCACAAUACGGGGGGUGAGGAAGUGAGACUGAAUUGGGUAAGUAAUAAUAAUACAAGUCCCUUAUCCUUACCCAAAGAAUCAUUUAGCUACAUGUCUGUGCUCAUAAGACUAGCCUUAGACAGCCAUGAAAUAUACAUCUCCGGGGGCAGAAAGAAAACCACAUGGAGUAUGAAUGGUAUUGCCCCAAUUCAUCAUAACUACCCCAGGAAAAUAACUGAAAGCCAAUACAUAUCCUAUUGAUGACAAGGUUGUUUUGGGUCCCAAGGUAAGAUCAGCAGACAAAAACACUUGUGGAAGAUGGAAAGGCUUAAUCAAAAGAUCCAAGCCUGUUACUAAAUAUGACUAUAGUGUAUUAGUAACUCCAUAUUCCUAAACCUUUUAGGGAAUCUGCAGUGGGCCUUCCAGCCAGCUCACUUCAUUGUUUUUGCCUCUGGGGUAGUGUUUGAAGGUGUGAUAGCUGAUCACAUUUCUUUGGAGGAAGCAUGUUUUUAUUAUACUAUCUUUUCAACCAAGUUUUGCUUUUGUUUUGAAUUACUGAGAUUAUUUUCAUUUUCAAUAAAAUAAAUGUGUAAAAAGUA